GCACGUUUUUUGGCGUCACUGCGUGAUAUCCCUCCGCGGGAGAGAAGCGCGCAGCCCUUUCCCUCCCUGUAGCACAGGAUGCGAACGGGCGGCGGUGAAGCGACGAGACGUGACUCUGCGCCGACGCUGUCAACAUUUCCCGCAACAUCCGAGUGAAAAUACGCCGAACGAAGACCGGGGAACCUCCGCCACCCGUAUCACCGACUGAACCCGUCCUGUGCCUGACAACGACCGAGCUCCGUGGAAGAAAUAUAAUCCGCUGUGGGCGCUGCGCGGCAACCGAAAGUGUCGGACUGAAGAGAGGCAGCCGGGGGAAGGAAUGGAGCUCAUCACGAUUCUCGAAAAAACCGUCUCUCCGGACCGGAAUGAGCUGGAGGCGGCGCAGAAGUUUCUGGAGCAGGCGGCCAUAGAGAACCUGCCCACAUUCCUGGUGGAGUUGUCCAAAGUGUUGGCGAACCCGGGGAACACUCAGGUGGCUCGAGUUGCUGCCGGUCUGCAGGUGAAGAACUCGCUGACAUCCAAAGACCCCGAUGUCAAGGCGCAGUACCAGCAGAGAUGGCUGGCCAUCGACAUCAACGCUCGCCGCGAGAUCAAGAACUACGUUCUACAGACUCUGGGCACGGAGACGUACCGGCCCAGCUCGGCCUCGCAGUGCGUCGCCGGCAUCGCCUGCGCCGAGAUUCCCGUGAACCAGUGGCCCGAGCUGAUCCCGCAGCUCGUCGCCAACGUCACCGAUCCGUCGAGCACGGAACACAUGAAGGAGUCCACGCUGGAGGCCAUCGGCUACAUCUGCCAGGACAUCGACCCGGAGCAGCUGCAGGAGAACGCCAACCAGAUCCUGACGGCCAUCAUACAGGGCAUGAGGAAGGAGGAGCCCAGCAACAACGUGAAGCUGGCCGCCACCAAUGCGCUGCUCAACUCGCUCGAGUUCACUAAAGCCAAUUUCGACAAGGACACGGAGCGACACUUCAUCAUGCAGGUCGUCUGUGAAGCCACGCAGUGUCCCGACACCAGAGUGCGCGUGGCGGCCCUGCAGAACCUGGUGAAGAUCAUGUCUCUGUAUUAUCAGUACAUGGAGACGUACAUGGGCCCCGCCCUGUUCGCGAUCACCAUCGAGGCGAUGAAGAGCGACAUUGAUGAGGUGGCGCUGCAGGGCAUCGAGUUCUGGUCCAACGUCUGUGACGAGGAGAUGGAUCUGGCCAUCGAGGCCUCAGAGGCCUCGGAGCAGGGACGCCCCCCCGAGCACACCAGUAAGUUCUAUGCCAAAGGUGCGCUGCAGUACCUGAUCCCCAUCCUCACCCAGACCCUCACCAAGCAGGACGAGAAUGAUGACGACGACGACUGGAACCCGUGUAAGGCGGCCGGCGUGUGCCUGAUGCUGCUCGCCACCUGUUGCGAGGACGACGUGGUUCCCCACGUGCUGCCCUUCAUCAAAGAGAACAUCAAACAUCCCGACUGGCGUUACCGCGACGCCUCCGUCAUGGCCUUCGGCUCCAUCUUGGAGGGACCCGAGCUAAACCAGCUCAAGCCGCUCGUCAUACAGGCGAUGCCCACCCUGAUCGAGCUGAUGAAGGACCCCAGCGUGGUGGUGAGGGACACCACGGCGUGGACGGUGGGCAGGAUCUGCGAGCUGCUGCCCGAAGCUGCCAUCAACGAGGUCUACCUGGCCCCCCUGCUGCAGUGCCUGAUCGAGGGCCUGGGGGCGGAGCCCAGAGUGGCCUCCAACGUCUGCUGGGCCUUUUCGUCUCUCGCAGAGGCGGCGUACGAAGCCACGGAUGCUGCCGAGGACCAGGAGGAGCCGAACACCUACUGCCUGUCCUCGUCCUUCGAGAUCAUCGUGCAGAAGCUUCUGGAGACCACAGACAGGCCCGAUGGUCACCAGAACAACCUGCGCUCUGCGGCGUACGAGGCUCUGAUGGAGAUCGUGAAGAACAGCGCCAAGGACUGCUACCCCGCCGUGCAGAAAACCACGCUGGUCAUCAUGGAGCGGCUGCAGCAGGUCCUGCAAAUGGAGUCUCACAUCCAGAGCACCUCAGAUCGGAUCCAGUUUAACGACCUGCAGUCGCUGCUGUGCGCCACUCUGCAGAACGUCCUGCGUAAAGUGCAGCAUCAGGAUGCCCUGCAGAUCUCAGACGUGGUGAUGGCGUCCCUGCUGAGGAUGUUUCAGAGCACUGCCGGCUCCGGAGGCGUGCAGGAGGACGCGCUGAUGGCCGUGUCCACGCUCGUCGAAGUUCUGGGCAGCGACUUCCAGAAAUACAUGGAGGCCUUUAAGCCGUUCCUUGCCAUCGGACUGAAGAACUACGCAGAGUAUCAGGUGUGUCUGGCGGCCGUGGGUCUCGUGUGCGACCUGUGCAGAGCGCUGAUGUCCAACAUCCUGCCGUACUGUGACGAGAUCAUGCAGCUGCUGCUGGAGAACCUCGGGAACGAGAAUGUGCACCGGUCGGUGAAGCCUCAGAUCCUCUCUGCGUUUGGCGACAUCGCUUUGGCCAUCGGGGGCGAGUUCAAGAAGUACCUGGACAUCGUCCUGGACACCCUGCAGCAGGCAUCGCAGGCUCAGGUGGACAAGACGGACUACGACAUGGUGGACUACCUGAACGAGCUGAGGGAGGGCUGCCUGGAGGCUUACACCGGCAUCAUCCAGGGCCUGAAGGGAGACCAGGAGAACGUCCACCCCGACGUGAUGCUGGUGCAGCCUCGGGUGGAGUUCAUCCUCUCCUUCAUCCACCACAUCGCCGAAGACGAGGACCACUCUGACGGCGUGGUGGCCAACGCUGCCGGACUCAUCGGUGACCUGUGCACAGCAUUUGGGAAAGAUGUGAUGAAGCUUGUGGAGGUUCGCCCGCUCAUCAACGACCUGCUGACGGAAGGCCGGCGCUCCAAAACCACCAAGACCAAGACGCUCGCCACCUGGGCCACCAAGGAGCUCCGCAAGCUGAAGAGCCAGGCCUGAUGGCGGGUGUCGUGUCAGGGCGAGAUGAGACUUCGGAUGACAUCACUGAGGACAAAUCGGCCGCUGGAUUAAAUCUUCUGUGUUUGUCGGCGUUUCGCUCGAAGCAGCAGAAGAAGAGAUGAGUGUCUGUGUGUGAGCGCGAGAGAGAGACGUGUGAGCGAGCGAGAGAUGAUGACAUCACACCACCUUCAGUUCCUGCAGGCGAUGACCCCUCCCCCUCCCCUCUUGGAUGGCCUGUGGACUGGACUGUGACUCCUCCCCCUUAAAGAAACCCCCUCUCCUUCCACUCCUCCCCCGCCUCUGCCCGCGAUCCGCCUCUUUCGCUGUAGCUGGGCUCUCCUAUGACAUCGUGAUGAUGUCACCGACCUGCCGCCGCCACCCCCCCUGCUCAGGGGGAGGGGGAGGAGGGGAACUGUGUGGAAUCAGCUGAUCGAGUGACUGCGUGGACUACUUCUUCUGUGGAAAACUGGAUUUUUGUUGCUCUUACGUUUCUUCUUCUGAGCACUAAACAUGGCGGCGGAGCUGUGAGGGACGGAUGCCUCCGCCCGCUCGGUCUCCUCCAAACAACGGCAGCACUAAAUUCCUUCAAAAUAAAAGCCGAAACGAUGCUGAGAGGAGCGAGUGCCAAAUGGGAAUAGUUUAGCCCGGGCGUGAGCGAGUGCCGCGAGCUGCCUCGGGUUUCCUCGCCGCCGCGCCUGCUUUGGGAACGGGUCACUCACCUUUUUGCUUGUUAAGAUUUCAGAUGAUUGAAGACGUUUGUAUGAGGUUCUAUUUUUCCAUUGCUAUGAUGAAAAUAAAGUUAAAGUGAUACAAAACAUUCCCCGAGCUCUUCUGUGCUUUCGCUCUUCUUCUUCUCGGACUCCUGGACUCAAACGUUUUGGACUCUGCUGAUUGGACGCUGAGCUCUGGCUGUCUCCCACUGUUGGCUUGUUUAUUCGACGCUACAAAGAACCAUGAUUUUUGUUUUUUGGAACUCACUUUAUGGCUUGUUCAGUAGCAGUGAGGCAGUCGCUCCUCGCUACUGGGUGACUUCCUGUUGGGACGGUUUCAAGAAAAACAACAAAAAACCCCAACACUGACACGAAGCUUAAACGCUGCAGAGCGCGCUCAUUGCCGCCUCUACGGCCGGAGAGCUUUGCUUUCAGUUGGUAAAUAUGAUGGUCACUGAAAGCCAAGUGGCUCUGGCCUCUGAGGCUUUUAUUUUGUAGAGGCGCGACAGCUGUAGGGAGGAAGCACUUCCUGUGUUGACAUGAACCUGAAAGUUUUAUUUCUGAAUUGUGAAUCAUUUGAAGCCGAUCUGCUUUUUCUUUCAUAUUCAACUUUAGUGAACUAAUAAAGUCUAUAUUGUACUGAC